AUGGAUGGACAAAACGUGAGUUUCCCCAACACAUUUGUUCUAUUGGGUUUCUCUGAUCACCCAUGGCUGGAGAUCCCCCUCUCUGGAGUGGUCCUGGUCUCCCACAUCCUCACCCUGAUGGGAAACAGCUCCAUCAUCCUUCUCUCCCUGCUGGAGCCCAGACUCCAGACACCCAUGUACUUCUUCCUAGACAACCUCUCCAUGAUCGACCUCUGUGUCACCUCCACCAUUGUGCCCCAGUUGCUCACAAACCUCUUGGGCCCAGAGAAGACCAUCUCUGCCUGGGGCUGCGUCACACAGGUCUAUAUUUUCAGCUGGGCAGGCAGCACAGAGUGCGCACUGCUGGCAGUGAUGGCCUUUGAUCGCUACGCGGCCGUCUGCCAGCCCCUCCGCUACGCUGCCCUCAUGCAUCCCUGGGCAUGCGUGUGGCUGGCAGCUGCAUGCUGGUCCAGUGGCCUGGCCAACUCUCUGCUCCAAGCCACACUCACCAUCCUGCUUCCCCUCUGUGGGAGAAAUACACUGGACCACUUCUUCUGUGAGGUGCCUGCUCUGAUCAAGCUGGCCUGUGGUGAUACCACUGCUAAUGACCUGGCCCUGGCCAUGGGAGCCAUUCCCUUUGGAAUAGUGGCUCCUCUGGUGGUGCUCAUGUCCUACAGCUUCAUUGCUAGGGCUGUGCUGAAGUUACCUUCAGCUGCGGGAAGGAGCAAGGCAUUCAGCACCUGCAGCUCCCACUUGCUGGUCGUCACACUGUUCUAUGGCCCAGCCAUCUACAUGUACCUUCAGCCUCCAGCCAACAGCACCCAGGCCAAGUUCAUGUCCUUCUUCUACUGCGUCAUCACACCAGUGCUCAACCCUCUCAUCUACACGCUGAGGAACAAGGAUGUGAAGGCAGCAUGGAGGAGGAUCCUCCUAACCCAAGAUGGGAGGAAGUCUUUCAAAGCCAGAUAA